AAUGCCGGCGGGAAGCCGCAGGGACCCCCGAGCAGUCCCACUGCGGACGCAAUCCGAGCGGGCCUCAGUUUCCCUGUGGGUGCAGAGGGCAGAUGGGGUUGGCCUGGCGCGAGCGGCGCGGGCGGGGCGGGAGGAGUGCGGCCCCGGGAGGGCGCGGGCGGGCGGGCUCUGGGCCUAGCGGGUCCUAGAACCCGCCGGCUGUCCCGGCGGACCGGCUGCAGCAGACGCCUGGGCUAGGGCGGCAUGGCUGCCCGCCUUGCGCCGUGCGCACACGAGGGUCCUAGAGCCCGCCAUGUUGCGGGCUUUUGUCCCAGGCGUGCGGCCCGUCAAGCACGGUCCCCGGCGCUGGCGGCUCCCCUCCCCGGUCGAGGUCCUGGCCGCCCCUCCCGCGGUCCUAGAGAACGCCAUCUUGCCGGCCUUUGUCCAAAGUAUGGCCUUCGGUCCAUUCAUUUGUUCAUUCUGUCAUCCUUCGUUCACUCCUUCUUGCCGCGUUCUCCGAUUCCUCGUUUUCCCAGGGCUUUUCCUGAGAAGAGGCAGCCCAGGGCCCUGCCCUGCGGGGCUGUCUGUCUGCCGGGGGCCCGACACGUAGACAGUUGCAGGGAGCGAGAAUGCACAAGGUUUCCGCAGCUCUCGGCUCUAACGACCUUAAAACUCCCACAUGCCUCAGAAAUCUCAUUUUACUGAUGAGAAAACUGAGGCCCAGAGAGCCAUGGCGCUCUUACCUCUAUAGUCUUAUUAAGUAUUCCUGAGGGCACUGGGGAAGCAGGUAUUUGAAAGACGCAAAAGAGUUUUCCCACGGGAGAAGGCAGAGGGAACUGCAUAUGGAGAUGUAUUUAGGUGGUGAAGUUUGAGAAUUGUGGCUGGAGCUAAGGUCGCUGUCGGGAGGGGCACACUGCCCCUGGAGGUGAGGCUGGAAAAGUGGGUUGGGAUUAGAUUGUGGACUGACCAGAUUGGAUGCCUAGGAGAUGAUUAGUUCUUAUCUCUGCAUGGUUCACAGUUCCCCAUCUGCCGUCUCACCGGAUCUCUCAUGGCCUGUGAGGCCUAUUGGUAACUACUUGUUUAGAGGUGGGGAGACUGAGGUGCAGAGAGGAUAAAAAGUGGCUUUUCACCUCAUCACUGCCCGCAGGGUUCUAAACUCUGGGAAUUAAAUCUCUGCAUCCCUGGCAUUUAGAGCCUGUUCAUGCAACAGGACGUGUCCCGCCCCCUAAAUUCAGUAGUAAACAAAGACAAAGACAAGCCUCCCUCACCAGAGCAAUGAAUCCACUGUGGGGUACUGGGGGCGAUAUUUGGACCCUGUGAACUUGGAAAAGCAGAAAAAUUCAGUUACUAAACAGUUGUUCACCGACAUUCUUACAAACUCCUACUAUGGAGGAGGCAGAGGCUAUAGACCUGGGUUCAAAUACCGCCUCGGAGGUUGAUUUGUUCAGUUUGUUUUGGGCACCAAGCAUGGUUCUAUGUGUAGAGGAUACAGAAUAAUAAAGGUUUCUGGCUCUUUGCCAGCCUAGACUCUCAAGCUGGAGACAGAGAAUUAACUGAACCAUACAAUGUAUAAGUGCUAGCAAAGCAAUAAGCAGGGGACAGAGGGCAGAAGUUUGGGAGGCAGAGACCACCUGGCUUUGAGUAUUGGCUGUGACUAUGACUAGUUUCUUCACUUCUGUGUGCCUCAGUCUCCUUGUCUGAAAAAUGGGGGGGAAAUAAUACUAUUUAACUUAGUCUGUUUGGGCUACCAUAACAACAACAACAACAAUAACAGACUGGGGGGCACAACAGAAAUUUGUUUCUCACCGUUCUGGAGGUUGAGGUGUCCAAGGUCAAGGUGCUGGCCAAUUCAGUUCCUGGUGAAGGCUCCUUUCUUGGAUCGUAUGUGGCCACCUUCUGUCUUAAGUUCUGACAUGGCCUUGCUUCCACGCAUGCGCACAUUCAUCCAUAACAAACUCCUAGGCCAUCGUGAGGCUUAGCUUGAGUAGCACACAUAAAAUGCUUAGAAUGAUACCUGGUCCAUGGUAAAUUUGCAAGAAGUGUCAUCCAGAUGAGCAACAUGAAGGAAAUUAAACAGGAGGGGGAUAGAGAGUGAUUAGCAGGGGUGCAGAUAGCAUUAAGAAAGGUGGUCAGGAAAGCCCUCUUUAAGGAUGUGACAGGGAGCUGAGACCCAAAUGGAAUCAAAGAGAUAGCUACACAAAGACCCUUGGAAAUAAUGUUUCUAGCAGAGGAAACUACUAGUGUGUAGAGUCCCUGAGAUGGGAAGGAAUUUAAGUCUUUGAGGGGAAAAAGGGGGAGCCUGUGUGGGUAGAGCCUAGUGAGCCAAGGGGAGAGGAGUGGGAGAUGGGAUAGGCAGGAGUUAGAUAGUUCAGGGCCUUGCUUGCCAUGGAAAAGAUAUUGGUCUUUGUCCUGGGAGCGGUGGAAAGUCUCAUGAUUUGGCUAAUAAACCUUAAGUAAAUGAAGACUGGUAGAGAAAGAGCCCAGCCCAGGGACCUGAAGACUCGUGUUUGAGUCUGGGCUCCUUGACUAGCUGUGUGUCCUUAUGUAAGUUUUUUCCCUUACGGGGGCCUUAAUUUCCACAUCUGAAAAAGAGGUGUAUUAAAAAUGCCUCUCUCCUAGAAGCUUCUGAAAACCUAAGGUUCUUAAAUAAGUGUUAGUUGGAAUGACCCAGAAAGCAUGUUUAGAAUAGAUUUCUGAGUCCUACCCCAUGCUCCCUGCAUGAUUAUUUUCAUGCAGGGAGUUCACAGAAUCACUCUAGGGAGUGGUGGGUGGAAGAGUCCUCCGUGAACAGGGAAGUGAAGAGCUGAUGAUGGUUUUUUUGUUUUUUUUUUUGCGGUACGCGGGCGUCUCACUGUUGUGUCCUCUCCCGUUGCGGAGCACAGGCUCCGGACGCGACGCGCAGGCUCAGCGGCCAUGGCUCACCGGCCCAGCCGCUCCGCGGCAUGUGGGAUCUUCCCGGACCAGGGCACGAACCCGCAUCCCCUGCAUCGGCAGGCAGACUCUCAACCACUGCGCCACCAGGGAAGCCCCUGAUGAUGGGUUUUUGUUUUUUUUAAUAUUUACUUUUUUGGUUGCACUGGGUCUUUGUUGCGGCGUGCAGGCUUCUCUAGUUGUGAUACGCGGGCUUAGUUGCCCCGUGGCAUGUGGGAUCUUACUUCCCCGACUAGGAGUCAAACCCACGUCCCCUGCUUUGGAAGACAGAUUCUUAACCACUGGACCACCAGGGAAUUCCCAACGGAGGGGCUUUAGACAAGGGCCUAGCCUACCUGACCCUUCGUUCUUUAUGGAGCUUGUGCCUGGCACGCCCCUACUAUCUCCCCUGGGAAGUGCCUUAGGAGAAGGGAUUUACCCCUCCAGCUACCUGGUUUCUGGCUCCCAGAUGGGAAGACUGAGGCCCAGAGCUUGGAACCCACGGUUCCAGGCCUCUGAGAGGGAAACAGAAACAUAAAGGGUGCUGGCUCUGGUCUCCAGGGACUUCUACAGGAAUGAGAGGAGACCAAGGUGUAACCUGAGCUCAGGGUUCUGGUCAUCGCGGGGCUGGCCCAGGUAGCAGAUAAGCCUGGGAGGGCCCAACUACUCAAGGCGAAUUAAACACCUGGAUUCAAGUCUCAGCUGCACGAGUUACUAGAGAAGCCCCGCCCAUCCAGGCCAUGGAGGUAGAGUCAUCGGAGGAGAGGUCCCCAGCCCCUGGCUACAAGCGCUCUGGCCGUCGCUAUAAGUGCCUGUCCUGUACCAAGACGUUUCCAAAUGCACCCCGGGCAGCACGCCAUGCUGCCACACAUGGGCCUGCAGACUGCACAGAGGAGGUGGCCGAGGCAAAGCUGAAGCCAGAGACAGACCCCAAAGCGGAGGAUGCCAGCGGGGACAAGGUGUCAGGUGCAGCGGCGAAGCCUCGGCCGUAUGCGUGCCCGCUGUGCCCCAAGGCCUACAAAACGGCACCAGAGCUGCGCAGUCACGGGCGCAGCCACACGGGCGAGAAGCCCUUCCCUUGCCCCGAGUGCGGUCGCCGCUUCAUGCAGCCCGUGUGCCUGCGCGUGCACCUGGCCUCGCACGCCGGCGAGUUGCCCUUCCGCUGCGCGCACUGCCCCAAGGCUUAUGGCGCGCUCUCCAAGCUCAAGAUCCACCAGCGCGGUCACACCGGCGAGAGGCCCUACGCCUGCGCCGACUGUGGCAAGAGCUUCGCUGACCCCUCGGUGUUCCGCAAGCACCGGCGCACGCAUGCAGGCCUGCGGCCCUACAGCUGCGAGCGCUGCGGCAAGGCCUAUGCUGAACUCAAGGACCUCCGUAACCACGAGCGGUCCCACACUGGCGAGCGCCCCUUCCUCUGCUCAGAGUGCGGGAAGAGCUUCUCCCGCUCGUCCUCGCUCACGUGCCACCAGCGCAUCCAUGCGGCGCAAAAGCCCUACCGCUGCCCGGCCUGUGGCAAGGGCUUCACGCAGCUCAGCUCCUACCAGAGCCACGAGCGCACGCACUCUGGCGAGAAGCCCUUCCUCUGCCCCCGCUGCGGCCGCAUGUUCUCCGACCCCUCGAGCUUCCGGCGCCACCAGCGGGCGCACGAGGGUGUGAAGCCCUACCGCUGCGAGAAGUGUGGCAAGGACUUCCGGCAGCCGGCCGACCUGGCCAUGCAUCGGCGGGUGCACACAGGCGACCGGCCGUUCAAGUGCCUGCAGUGUGACAAGACCUUCGUCGCGUCCUGGGACCUCAAGCGGCACGCGCUGGUGCACUCCGGCCAGCGGCCCUUCCGCUGCGAGGAGUGCGGCCGAGCCUUCGCCGAGCGGGCCAGCCUCACUAAGCACAGCCGGGUGCACUCGGGUGAGCGCCCCUUCCACUGCAACGCGUGCGGAAAGUCCUUCGUGGUCUCGUCAAGCCUGAGGAAGCACGAGCGGACCCAUCGCAGUAGCGAGGCCGCAGGGCCUCCCCCGCAGCAGGAGCUGGUGGUGGGGCUGGCGCUGCCGGUCAGCGUGGCAGGCGAGGGCUCAGCAGCCCCGGCAGCAGGGGCUGGGCUCGGGGACCCUGCAGCAGGGCUGCUGGGGCUGCCUCCGGAAUCGGGUGGUGUGAUGGCCACCCAGUGGCAAGUGGUGGGCAUGACGGUGGAGCACGUGGAGUGCCAAGAUGCUGGGGUUGGGGAGGCUCCUGGUCCCUUGGGGGGGGCAGGCGAAGUGGGGGGUGAGGAGGUGGACGAGAAACCACCACAGUUUGUAUGCCGGGAGUGCAAGGAGACGUUCUCCACGCUGACGUUGCUGCGACGGCACGAGCGCUCGCACCCAGAGCUCCGGCCCUUCCCCUGCACCCAGUGCGGCAAGAGCUUCUCAGACCGGGCUGGGCUGCGCAAGCACAGCCGCACCCACAGCUCUGUGCGCCCCUACACCUGCCCCCACUGCCCCAAGGCCUUCUUGAGUGCCAGCGACCUGCGCAAGCACGAACGUACCCACCCUGUGCCCAUCGGGACCCCCACGCCCCUUGAGCCCCUCGUGGCUUUGCUAGGAAUGCCUGAAGAGGGGCCAGCCUGAGUCCCAGGCCCCCUCUGCCACACUCCUGGGAGCUCCGCCCCUACAGGGUGCUUCCUGAACCUCCCUUUGCCUCAGCUCACUCUUAGACUCCAGAUCCAUCCCUUCAUCCCAGGCAGCUAGCUCACCUUCCUGACAAAGAGCUGGGGACAGUGGAGGCUGGCAGCAGCCUCUGAGAGACAUGGCUCCCUCCGAGCACCACUCAUUAAAGCAUUCGCUUUGACACUGGGUUGUCUUCUGUGUUCUGGUCGGGGGUAAGUAAUGGGAAUUUGGGCAUCAGAUAAGGUUCAGUGGAGAUCCCUGGAUUGACAAAUUAGAAACUAGAAGGGUCUUUGGGUGCACUGUUUUCUCUACGUUUCAGAAUGUCUUGUGACAAAGGGUUCCACGGUCAAGUAAGUACAGGAAAUUCCUGUACCCUUAUUGGGGAUUCUUGGUGAUCAAAGUAUGUUAAAGUCAUCGAUAAGUCCUGCAAUGAACAAAUCUAUUUUGCUUUGUUUAGCCCACACUUACUUGACCUGUUACUGAGUAGCUCUACUUCUGUCUUUUUGCAGAUAAUAAACUGAGGCCCAAAGUUAGUAUAUUUCCCACAAAUUGCAAUAACAAAUUAGAAAAUACACUUGGGGUCCCAUUCACAAUAACAACAAAACCCAUAAACUACAAAGGAGUAAAUCUCACAAAAAACAUGCAAACCCUGUAUGAAGAAAAUAGUAUCUUUGUCCUGAAGGAUAUAAGACCUAAUUAAAUGGAGAUAUACCAUGUACCUGAGUGGAAAGUUAUUAUUAAAAGAUGUUGAUUCUCCAGUUUAAUCCUUAAGUUCAUUGCCAUCCAAAAGAAUUUUUUAACAAAACUUGAAAAUCCUAAAUUCCUGUGCAAUAUAUAUAUGUAAAAACAGUGGAGGGGACUUCCCUGGUGGUCCAAUGGUUAAGACUCCGUGCUCUCAAUGCAGGGGGCCCAGGUUCGAUCCCUGGUCAGGGAACUAGAUCCCAUAUGCCGCAGCUAAGAGCCCGCAUGCCACAACGAAGAGCCUGCAUGCCGCAGCUAAGACCCAGCACAGCCAAAUACAUAAAUUAAUAAAUAUUUUUAAAAAACCAACAACAGUGAAGCUGUCAGGACUUCCCUGGCGGUCCAGUGGUUAAAACUCCGUGCUUCCACUGCAGGGGGCAAGGGUUCGAUCCUUGGUCAGGGAACUAAGAUCCUGCAUGCUGUGUUGCUCAAAACAAAAACAAAAAAACAGUGGAAAUGAUGUAUUUGACACGCUAGAUAAUCAAACACCAAAGCACUGGAAUAAAAACA